AUGGAUUGUGUAGCUGUGCAUGGUGUGGUACUUAUGCGUCAAAAGGCCAUUCUUGGUUUUCGGGUUUGUCCUAUCGCUAGUGACCCUACGAUUGUGAAGAUAGAUGGUCCCGUAAUUGAGGUUUUUACAUUGAGCACAGGUAGUUGGAAAACUCUUCCCAGCAAUCUGCAGAUCAAUUCCAUUAAGUUCUCAUGGCGUCAUGUAGUUAUAGAUAGGUUUAUUUAUUGGUUUUCUUAUGGUGAGAAUGAGAAACCUCUUAUUGUGUCAUUCGAUAUGACUACUCAUGAAUUUAGAACAACAAACAUACCAGACAGUUUAGCACAAAAGUCUUCUUCUUCGUUUUUUUCCAUCUCUAAGGUGUCUGAGGGUCUUGCUGUGCUUAAAUUCAAAGGUAUAAGGACAGGAGGUUGGGAUGUAUGGAUCAUGGAUGAUGGUGUUCCAAAUUCGUGUACAAAGUUAUUCACCAUUAACAAUAUACCAGGUUCUGUUGGUUACUACAUGGAAACCCUACUUCUGCUUGAUCAGCCGGAUUCUAGUGUUUAUGUGGAAAAUAGUGUUGGACCGAUGGAUUUCAUGUUGUGGAUCAAUUCACUGCGGGAACCCGUCGAGGUCUCCCCUAGCCAAUCCACUGCAUCCACGUCUCCCCUAGCCAAGCCGCCCGCCAUUUCUCCAUUAUGUCUUUGCUAA